UCCCAAAUCAGAUAAAAUCCAAACUAGGACAAUAGGAGAGAGAAAAGAAAAAACAGAGGAAAAAGAUGGAUAGGGUGUUCUCUUCCAUGGAAGAAAUCUCUGACCAUCUCUGGUCUUCUUCUGGAAAAAAUGAAGAUGAAGAUGAAGAUGAGCUUUCCAAAAUGAACAGAAGCACUUCAGAGUGGUCCUUCCAGCGUUUUCUCCAACAACAACAAGGCUCUGUUUCACCUUCAUCUUCCUCACAACAACAACAACAAGAAGCUCAGAAUAAUGAAGUUGAAGAGAUCAAGGUCAAUGCAACAAGUAUGGCCUUCCCAAAUGGGCCAAAUCAUAGUAACACUAGCAGCAGUGCAGCUUCGUUUAAGCCUCCUAAUGUUCCUGUGGAUUCUGAGGAGUAUCAGGCUUUCCUUAAAACCAAGCUCGAUCUGGCUUGUGCUGCUGUGGCUUUGUCUCGCGUGAAGGGAUCUUUAGUGAAAGCUCAAGAUUCUUCUUUAGCUGAUAGUGGGCAACAGGCUUCCGAUGAUUUGCAACUGGGAUCUCAAGCCUCUUCUCAAGGAGCUGGGAAUGAUUUAUGCAGGUCAUAUGAUAAGAAUACUAAUGCACCAUUUGGAAUUCCUGCAUUGCCUACAAUACGAAAUAGAUCUGCGGUUCCAAUAAGGCAAGCAACAAGUGGAUCAUCCAGAGAACUCUCAGAUGAUGAGGAAGUUGAAGGAGAAACUGCAAUGACAGAAAAUAUGGACCCUACUGAUGUGAAACGUGUGAGGAGAAUGCUCUCUAAUAGAGAAUCAGCUAGACGCUCAAGAAGAAGAAAACAGGCCCAUCUGACUGAGCUCGAGACACAGGCGGCUCAAUUAAGAGUUGAGAACUCCUCUCUAUUGAAGCGUCUAACUGAUAUGAACCAGAAGUACAAUGAAGCAGCCGUUGACAACAGAGUUUUGAAAGCUGAUAUGGAAACAUUGAGAGCAAAGGUAAAGAUGGCGGAGGAGACAGUGAAAAGACUAACCGGAUCAAACCCCUUGUUUCAUACUACGUCAGAUGUGUCCUCAAUCAGUAUGGCACCUUUUGACGGAAGCCCUUCAGAAACAUCAACAGAUGCCGCUGUUCCUGUGCAAGAUGACCCAAACCAUCACUAUUUCCAACCUUCAUCUAAUAACUCUAUGCCAACUCAUGAUUUUAGAGGCAACAAUGGUUUGGCAGACAAUACCCCUUCAGUUGAAAAUGCACAGCAGACUUCUGCAGCAACAUCAACAGAAGUGGCGGGGAACAAGAUGGGACAAACACCUUCCUUACAGAGAGUUGAUAGCUUAGAGCGUCUCCAGAAGCGGAUCCGCGGUGGAGAGCAGUAGUUUACAAGCUCAAUGACUAUCUAAGCAUGAGGAAGGAUUUAUUGAAUGAUGCUGAACAGCAGUUGUAUUGCAACUUUGGAGCUUAGUUAUGUAAAACUUGCUAUUGUUUAUCCCAACUACACUGAAUUAAUCUGAUCCAUACUUUCACCACCUACG